CUUUUUAAGGAUACUACAGGCACUCAUUAUUUGAAGAUGUACCGAGGGUGUUCUUUUCAAACCUUUCCAAUGCCUGUUCUGUGACAUGUCGAAACGCCUCAAGGGCGAGAGUUCCAACUGGAAGUUGUUGGAGGCUGCAGUGAAGGAACGUGAGCGUAUUGUGGGGAGCUUGAGACAAGAGCUUGCGCAUUUGGAGGAUUUGACCGGCCAGACAGUGGCCGCCUUAUCCAGCCAUGCUGCCCGAUCCUGGAUGUCGGAUCCCAUAGUGACCUCGCCGCCGAGUAUGUCACCUCCCAGUGUUUCGCCCAGCCACGCGGUGUUUGCAGCGCGUCACGUGAUGUCACCAUCACCGCCGUUGAUGAUCCAUCCGCCAAGUCGACUGACGAAUCCGGAGCAGAAUCCUCAACCUUUGAGGUCGCGCUCAAGUCCUCAGCUGAGGUUGGAGAACGCUCAGUCUCCACCAACCCAAUACCCUAAACCACGCACAGCUCGCGGCAGUGCAGGCCCUUCGGGCAUGUCGGCUUCUGGUGCAAAUGCUGCAGUUGGUGCAACAAAGCUGCAACAGGGCCACUUCAUAAGUCCUUCUUGGCCUCAAACCUUGCUGAAAGGAAAUCCGAAAGAACCGGUACAAACCCCGCCGCUGCCACGACCUUUGGUUCGUCUGUAGUGCUGCCAAAGUGCGGCUCCCAAGGGCGGUCGAUGCGCCCGAAGAAGGCGGCCGAUGCGCCCGGAGGAGGCUCCGAGGAGCCGCCGUGUCCAAGCU